CAGAGCGACCUUACAGACUGCAGUAGGGGACACCCUUUGAAGCCGCCCCUCUCCCGUCCUUCUGAGAGCCAGGUUAAAAUCAUCAGCCUUGUGUCCGGAGAGCAAACCUUUCAGACCCUGCUGCCGAAAGCUAGAGACCCCAAUCAUUGGGAGCCAGCAUGUCGGCUGUGAUCCUGGAGCGCCCAGUCCUGAGCAGAAAGUUCUCAGACUUUGGACAGGAGACCAGUUAUAUUGAAGACAACUCCAGCCAAAAUGGGGCUGUGUCUCUGCUGUUCUCACUCAAAGAAGAAGUCGGUGCCCUAGCCAAGGUCCUGCGUUUGUUUGAGGAGAAUGACAUCAACCUGACUCACAUCGAAUCCCGACCCUCCCUUGUACACAAAGAUGAGUACGAGUUCUUCACGUACCUGGAUAAGCGCAGCGUGCCUGCUCUGGGCAGCAUCAUCAAGAGCCUGCGGCAGGACAUCGGCGCCACUGUCCACGAGCUGUCCCGAGACAAGGAGAAGAACACGGUGCCCUGGUUUCCAAGGACCAUUCAAGAGCUGGACAGAUUUGCCAAUCAGAUUCUCAGCUAUGGAGCGGAACUGGAUGCAGACCACCCGGGCUUCAAAGAUCCUUUGUACCGGGAAAGACGAAAGCAGUUUGCUGACAUAGCCUACAACUACCGCCAUGGGCAGCCCAUCCCUCGGGUGGACUACACAGAGGAAGAAAAGACUUGGGGGACGGUGUUCAGGACCCUGAAGUCCUUGUAUAAGACGCAUGCCUGCUACGAGCACAACCACAUCUUCCCACUUCUGGAAAAGUACUGCGGGUUCCGUGAAGACAACAUCCCCCAGCUGGAAGAUGUUUCCCAGUUUCUGCAGUCUUGUACCGGUUUCCGUCUCCGACCUGUUGCUGGCUUACUGUCCUCUCGAGAUUUCUUGGGUGGCCUGGCCUUCCGAGUCUUCCACUGCACACAGUACAUCAGGCAUGGAUCUAAGCCCAUGUACACACCUGAACCUGACAUCUGCCAUGAACUGUUGGGACACGUGCCCUUGUUUUCAGAUCGCAGCUUUGCCCAGUUUUCACAGGAAAUUGGGCUUGCUUCUCUCGGUGCGCCAGAUGACUACAUCGAGAAACUUGCCACAAUUUACUGGUUUACAGUGGAGUUUGGACUCUGCAAGGAGGGAGACUCCAUAAAGGCAUACGGCGCUGGGCUCCUGUCAUCCUUUGGCGAAUUACAAUACUGUCUCUCAGAGAAGCCGAAGCUGCUGCCCCUAGACCUGGAGAAGACGGCCUCACAGGAGUACAGUGUCACAGAGUUCCAGCCCUUGUACUACGUGGCAGAGAGUUUCAGUGACGCCAAGGAGAAAGUGAGGGCCUUCGCUGCCACCAUCCCCCGGCCCUUCUCAGUUCGCUAUGACCCCUACACUCAAAGGGUUGAGGUCCUGGACAACACUCAGCAGUUGAAGAUUUUGGCUGAUUCCAUCAAUAGUGAGGUUGGAAUCCUCUGCGGUGCCCUGCAGAAAAUAAAGUCAUGAACAGGAAAUGACGUCAUGUGUAGAACUUGAGAGAUCAACCAAAAAUCUGUUGAUAGAAAUAUAGUGACUGCUUCUUUCCAUCUAACAAGAACAACCUUGAUUUGAAAUGUUGGCUUUUAUUACUUCUUAUACAGUGGGGCAUCACCAAAUAAAUCUAACUUCUCUUAAAUGAAAGUAUAUUAAAACCUACCAGGGGUCAAUGUUUCAGAGUCAUCUUUAUGAUUUAGACAUCUUAUACCUUCAAUUUAGUUUAAAAUGUAAUUUCUCACCUCCUUUCAAUAUUCAUCAAAAUUUGUUACCCUUAACAUUCAGGCUUUAUCUGUUUGUUUUUAUCUCCCAGGUAAGCCCUAAUGGAAUACACACACACACACACACACACACACACACACACACGACUAAGUAGACUGUCCUCAGGGAUGAAUCAUUUGGUUCAGUACAGAUCUCAUAGAUUGAGAUCUAUGCUUCUGUGUUCAUUCACUAUGGCUCUGAGAACGGCUUCAUUAUUCUGCCUGUGUAAAUCUCCUCUGAUUUGAGACUUCUCAAGAUAGUUAUAAGCAAUAAAGCUUUAAAUCAUUAUUAAAACAUUAUGUAAAACA